CGACGUUUGUUCGGAGAUUUGUGUGUUGUGAUCGAAAAUAAAUAAAUAAAAAGACUAUCCCUGGACAUUCGUACUUUCUGACUAAGUAUUCGUAUCCUGUAAUAUCUGGACUUUUCGUCUGUGAAGAGAUGUCUCCAGCCUGAGUUUCCAAGUCGAUUCCCCUCAAAGGUGUAACUCGGUCCCCGUACCGAUGUGUUAGUGCAACCGGACAGCAACACUAGCGCCAUGUCGUCGGUGAAGGUGGCGGUGCGCGUGCGCCCCUUCAACUCGCGCGAGAUCGCCAGGGAAUGCAAAUGCAUCAUAGAGAUGGCGGGCAACACUACAGUGAUAGUGAAUCCUAAGGCACCCCCUGGGAACAAAGAUGCUGCCAAAAGCUUCAACUUCGAUUUCUCAUACUGGUCUCACAAUCCCAGCGAUCCGGAAUUCUCGUCUCAAGUCAUGGUGUACAAAGACAUCGGGGAAGAGAUGCUUCAACAUGCUUUCGACGGCUACAACAUAUGCAUAUUCGCGUACGGUCAGACGGGCGCGGGCAAGUCAUAUACGAUGAUGGGCCGCGACGAGGACCAGGGGAUCAUCCCGCAAAUCUGCAGGGACCUGUUCCGUCGCGUCCGGCAGACCACUUCUGAUGACCUCAAGUACUCGGUUGAAGUCUCCUACAUGGAGAUAUACUGCGAGCGCGUCCGAGACCUGCUGAACCCUAAGAACAAGGGCAACUUACGUGUCCGCGAGCACCCGGCUCUCGGGCCUUACGUCGAGGACCUUAGCAAGCUCGCCGUCACUUCGUACCAAGACAUUGCUGACCUUAUCGACGAGGGCAACAAGGCCAGGACGGUGGCGGCAACAAACAUGAACGAGACGUCAUCUCGCUCGCACGCCGUAUUCACCAUCUUCUUCACGCAACAGAGGCACGACCAGACCACAGAUCUCAUGUCUGAGAAGGUGUCAAAAAUCUCCCUAGUAGACUUGGCUGGGUCCGAGCGAGCGGACUCGACAGGCGCCAAGGGCACACGGUUGAAAGAGGGCGCGAACAUCAACAAAUCACUCACUACUUUGGGGAAGGUCAUCUCCGCGCUCGCUGAAAUCUCGGCGUCAAAGAGCAAGAAAUCAAAGAAGGCAGACUUCAUUCCGUACCGUGACUCUGUCCUCACCUGGCUUCUCCGAGAGAACCUGGGAGGCAACUCCAAGACCGCCAUGAUAGCUGCCAUAUCGCCCGCCGAUAUCAACUACGAUGAAACACUUAGCACAUUGAGAUACGCCGACCGCGCCAAGCAGAUCGUCUGCAAGGCGGUUGUCAACGAGGACGCGAACGCCAAGCUUAUUCGCGAGCUCAAGGAGGAGAUCCUCAAACUGCGCGAGCUGCUCAAGGCUGAGGGCAUCGAGGUGGAGGAAGGACCAGAUGGUAGAGUCGUUUAUGAAAAGAAAGAGACUGCCACGGAGGAGAACGCGUCUCCGCAGCGCAAGAAGAGCGAGGCCGAAGUGCUGUCUCCGAAGCUGUCCCGAGCGGCCACGACUAUUGCCGAAGAAGCCGUGGACCAAUUGCAGGCGUCUGAGAAACUUAUCGCUGAAUUGAACGAGACCUGGGAAGAGAAACUUAAGCGUACCGAGCAGAUCCGCGUUCAGCGCGAAGCCGUCUUCGCUGAGAUGGGAGUCGCCGUCAAAGAGGGCAUCACCGUUGGAGUAUACUCUCCAAAGAAGACUCCGCAUCUGGUUAACCUGAAUGAGGACCCGAAUCUGUCGGAGUGCCUCAUCUAUUACAUCAAGGAUGGCGUGACCAGACUCGGAACAUCAGAGGCCAACGUUCCUCAAGACAUCCAACUGUGCGGCUCUCACAUCCUGAGCGAGCACUGCAUCUUCGAAAACACUGAUGGUGUCAUCUGCCUCAUACCCCAUCGAGAGGCGCUCAUCUACGUCAAUGGACGUGAGGUCACGGAGCCGAUAAUCCUGAAGACCGGCUCCCGAGUUAUCCUGGGCAAAAAUCACGUGUUCCGCUUCACUCACCCCGGCCAACCUCAGGAGCACAAGGAGGCCAUCAUCAAAGACAAGGAAAUGGCUACCGCAGAACCUGCUGUAAACGACGCCGAGAACGUAGACUGGGACUUCGCGCAAUGCGAGCUGCUGGAGAAGCAAGGCAUCGACCUUAAAGCUGAAAUGCAGAAGCGUCUCGUGGCUUUAGAAGAGCAGUUCCGGAGGGAGAAAGAGCAUGCUGACCAGCAAUUUGAGGAACAGAGAAAGAACUACGAAGCCCGCAUAGACGCGUUGCAGCGUCAGGUGGAGGAGCAGAGCGUGACCAUGUCCAUGUACAGUUCCUACACUCCUGAAGACUUCCACAACGACGAAGAUAUCUUUGUGAAUCCCCUGUUUGAGACAGAGUGUUGGUCGGCGCGCGAGGUGGGGCUGGCCGCGUGGGCGUUCCGCAAGUGGAAGUACCACCAGUUCACCUCGCUCCGAGACGACCUGUGGGGGAACGCUAUAUUCCUGAAGGAAGCCAACGCGAUCUCCGUCGAGCUCCGCAAGAAAGUCCAGUUCCAAUUCACGCUCCUGACGGACACGCCGUACUCCCCCCUCCCCGCGGAGCUGGCGCCGCGCGACGACGCCGACGACGAGUACCGGCCCAGCGCGCCCACCGUCGUCGCCGUCGAGGUCACCGACACCAAGAACGGCGCCACACACUACUGGACGCUCGAGAAACUGCGCCACCGCCUGGAGCUAAUGCGCCAGAUAUACAACAUGAACGAGAGCCUCUGCGACGAGGAGGAAGCGCCACCCCUCGUGCUGGCCCCGCCCCCCGCGGUGGCGCAGGCCACGCCCCCUGACAUCCUGCAGUGUAUCUCGGCGGCUGCGCAGCAGACCAGGCUGUCACUAGCCAACUUGCUGCCAUCAAGGCAAAGGCUGGAGCUGAUGCGCGAGAUGUACCACAACGAGGCAGAACUAUCCCCAACCUCCCCCGACCACAACGUGGAGUCUGUCACGGGCGGGGACCCGUUUUACGACCGCUUCCCCUGGUUCCGCAUGGUCGGACGGAGCUUUGUGUACCUGUCAAACCUCCUGUACCCGGUUCCGCUCAUUCACAAGGUCGCCAUCGUGAACGAGAAAGGAGACGUGAAAGGCUACCUGCGGGUCGCCGUGCAGGCGGUCAUUGACGCCGAGAAGAACAACGCCGAGUUUGCGGCAGGCGUGAAGCAAUCAGCCAAGAUCUCAUUCGACGACGACAUCGCGCCGGCGCGCCGCAAGACGCUCGCCAGUGUCAUCGACAAAAACAACGCGCUCAACCUGGAGGAGCGCAUCGAUCUCGCUGACUCUAACAUUAAAAUUGAAGAGCUAGCCGGUGGCGAAUGUGACGCCGAUAGCGGCCGUGGAGACAGCUCCCUCGCCUCAGAGCUGAAAGAGGAAGACCUUCCUGAACACCUGACUCUUGGCAAGGAGUUCACCUUCCGCGUCACAGUACUGCAAGCUCACAGCGUGUCCACUGACUAUGCCGAUGUUUUCUGCCAGUUCAAUUUCCUCCACCGAAACGAAGACGCAUUCUCGACAGAACCCGUUAAGAACACUAUCAAGAACACACCACUCGGAUUCUACCAUGUACAAAACAUCACUGUACCAGUAACAAAGUCAUUCGUGGAAUAUAUUAAAACACAGCCCAUCGUGUUUGAAGUAUUCGGACACUACCAACAACACCCAUUACACAAGGACGCCAAACAAGACGGUCCCGUUGCCGGUCGGACACCACCUCGUCGUAUGCUGCCACCGUCCAUCCCGAUCUCCGCUCCCGUGCGGAGCCCCAAGUGGGGUGCGGCUAGUGUGGCCCCGCCUUGCUGCUCUUCACACCUCCAUUCGAAGCAUGAUUUGCUCGUGUGGUUUGAGAUCUGUGAACUGGCGCCUAACGGAGAAUACGUGCCUGCUGUGGUGGAGCAUAGUGAUGAGCUCCCAUGCCGAGGGCUAUUCCUGCUUCAUCAAGGCAUCCAACGCCGCAUCCGCAUCACCAUCCUACACGAGCCCUCCGCGGACUUGCAGUGGAGCGACGUUCGCGAACUAGUUGUCGGUCGCAUCCGCAACUCGCCAGAGGCUAACGAAGACACGGCGGACGGCGAAGAAGACGGCGCGCUGUCGCUAGGACUCUUCCCCGGAGAGAGGCCCACGCUCGACGACCGGGCUGUAUUCAGGUUUGAAGCGGCGUGGGACAGCAGCCUGCACGGUUCACCACUACUGAACAGGGUCAGCGCCAACGGAGAAGUGGUUUACAUCACGCUCAGCGCAUACCUCGAGGUGGAGAACUGCGCCCGACCAGCUAUCAUCACAAAGGACCUGUCACUCGUGGUAGUAGGACGAGAAGCAAGAACUGGCCGCUCGCUGCGCCGCGCACUUUUCGGAUCGAAAUGCGCUCGCGCUGACCGCCUUACCGGUGUAUAUGAGCUCAGCUUGCACCGAGCACUGGAACCCGGAGUCCAGCGGCGACAGAGGCGCGUGCUAGACACGAGCGGCACAUACGUGCGAGGAGAGGAGAACCUACACGGCUGGCGUCCGCGCGGAGACUCACUCAUAUUCGACCAUCAGUGGGAGCUCGAGAAAAUGACCCGAUUGGAACAAGUGAGUCGCACACGACACUAUUUGGCGCUGCGUGAGCGACUGCGGCACGGACACGAGAACACUGUCGCGCCCAACGACUUCACCAAGACGGAGAAGGAGGUUUGCAACAUGGCGGCCAAGGCAGCAGCUGAACAACACGCACGCGAUGAAUCACUAUACGAACCGUGGGAGAUGACACCGCGCGAGCGGGAACUCGCCACCAAGUUCCUCAAACUCAUACAAGGACGAAUAGGAAUGAACAACAACACCGAGGGCGCACAGUCCCCCGCGUCUCCCGUAGACGAAGGGCUCGCGCCCGACAUGUCCACGCCAUCCCUGCUCUCCUCUGUACACAGCGCCAGCAGCUUCGACUUUUUAUCGUAUCCCGCCCGGCUCCCACUUCCAUGCACGCCAUACCCUUGGACUAUUGCGUCGGUCAUUCUGAGACUAUGCUCUCCGGAGCGCGCACUCCUGGAGAAAUCAAUGGCGGCGUGGGGCGGGGUGCAGCUGAGCGCGGGCGGCGCGCUGUACGUGCCCGACUGCGAGGAGGUGCGCGUGUCGGCCGCCGUGGCGCGCCGCGGCCACCUCAACGUGCUGCAGCACGGCACGCACGGCUGGAAGAAGCGGUGGCUGGUUGUCCGCCGGCCGUACGUGUUCAUCUACCGCGACGAGCGCGACCCCAUCGAGCGCGCCGUUAUCAACCUCGCCAACGCGCACGUCGAAUACUCCGAGGACCAGGAGCAGAUGGUGCGAAUGCCGAACACAUUCAGCGUGGUGAGCAAGGAGCGCGGGUACCUGCUGCAGACGCUGGGCGACAAGGAGGUGCACGACUGGCUCUACGCCAUCAACCCGCUGCUCGCCGGGCAGAUCAGUUAUCGUGCCGCAGGUCCCGGUCGGCGCGACGCGGCGACAAGGCGGCGGCCCCCGCGCCCGCAUGAGACCUCACCAUGGAGUCUAUCCUCGUUUAUUAAGCGCAUCGCCUACAGCCAGCGUACUAACGUGCAUCCUUGCCAUUGAAACUGCUACGACUUGGUCAUUGUUUCUGGAAAAGUCGAAAGCCUGAUGGCUAGUACGCACUCAGCGGCUAGCCGCGCGCAGUUACGGCAGGCCGCAUAAUGCGAAGUGUUUGCGGCUCCGGUUGCAUUAUAUUCAUACCCGCUAUGCGUCUGGCCGCGUAGUGCGUACCUAUUAGCCAGAGUCGUCAGUCACUGAACGAUUUUAAUGAGAACUACCUAAAUGUUUUUCUAACCGAUCUCUUCAUACGUGUUAGCGAAAUUCGCGAUUCGCGGCAAUGAAAGUAGUCGGUCUUUGGUUGCAUUAAGAUUGAAAUCUGUCUCCCCCUAAUGAUUUUUGACGACUUUCUUUAGUAAACCUAAGGUAAUAGACAAUUUUAUCGGCAGAAUAAAAAUAGCGAUUGCAGAAGAAACUUCUCUUGGAUAAAGUUUUAAAAUCAGUUGAUUAAAUUGAAAAAGAUAUCAAGUUUGUAACGGGGAGUAAAAGUAAUUACUGUCUUCCUCAAAUGAUAAUACAUGUAACAUGCUGUAAUUCGUAGUCACUAUUCAAACCAGAUUUACAUCAAAAUUAAAAGGUACUUAAUAUGAAAAUUCUGGCUGGUUUGGUAGUUGGUCAUGGAUAUUAUAUAACAAAUAACAAUCCACAAGGCCUAAAUGUGAGGAAUUUUACGAAAGGUAGCUAAGAAGAGUGGUCCACAGAUUCAUCUUAUUUGAGAUUUUAAUACAUUACUUUCAAAGAAUUUUGGGACCACAGCAAUGAAUUAUUAUUUUAAACUAUAGUAAGUUCAGACUCGAUCAAUUAUUUUAGCAUAUCCCCAAUUUAUUAACAGUAUUAUAAAACAAAUGCAUUUAAUGCUAUAUACGAUUUAUACGUAAUACUUUUAUAUAUGUUGAUUAGUACGUUACAAGCAGACGAGAGUUAGAGGCGGGACCAAGCCGGCACUAGGGAAGGGUAACUGAAAAUGACGAAUUUGAACAAGCAGGAACAAUAAUUGUACAAGACUCUUUUGAGCUGUUUCAAAUAUAAAAGGAUGCACGUUAUAUUAUAUUACGUUAUUUAUUAUACGUUAGUUAUCUGGUCUUUGUAAGUUUUGAGAACUGUGUAAUGCAAUAAUGUAUUCCAAGUAUUUCUAUCUCGGCCAUAGUGAAUGUUUACUAGUACUAGAUAUUGUUAGUGAGAGUAUGAAUGUGGUCAGUAUACAACAACAAACUUAGCAAAUUUUAAACUGUAUCUGUUCAAUACGAAUAAACAAUACUGUUUAAGUUUGUUGCCGUAUUACUUAGUUGGGAGCUUAUAUCUUAGCUCUAUCGCUAAGCUAUAUAUUAAUAUCAUAUGCUACAGAUCACUCCACAAUGUACUUAGUUCGUGGUAAAUUGUAUACAAAUACCACCAGCAAUACUAAGAUUUUUUACAUUUUAAACUUUUGUCUUGUAGUCGAAAACGCCGACUAAUAUGCAACUGUUGCAUACCUAGUUUUAUACAUCGCAGGAUAUUUCUAUAAAUUGUUUACAUGGUUUGUAAUUCAAAGAGCAAAGUCUUAAUUAGCCGAACACGCCUAGGCGUUUUAAGUUAUUUUGACGGUUGUAUAUUGCGAUGUGCAAAACUAUGCUACAUUUAUUAUUAAAUACCGUUUACUAUUUCUUUCUUUCGAUUAUAUAAGCUAAAUGAAUUGCGCACAAACGUACGCCGGCGAUGUCAGAUAGACUCCAUUUUGUAACAAACCCACGGCGAGAUAUAUGAAUUUAAAUGGAUGUAUUGUGAAAAGAAAUUACUGAAAAUACCUAUAUAGAUUUUCUUCAAAUGUUGGAUACAUUAUUUAUGUAAUUUACCUUGUAUAUACGUAUGACCCGAACGGUAGAAUAAAUAUAUUUUGAGGCUCAAAUAGCCAAUUCGAAGUGGCGGUGUCCGUAUGACGUCAUACGUAACGUUUCGUUUCACGUUUAGAAUUGAUUGUAAAUACAUAAUAAUAAUUAUAACAUUGUAGUUAUAUGUAGAAUACGCGUUCCAAAAAAUUAUACAUCAUUUAACACUACUUAUUUGGUAGAUUGUUUAUUUGUAUUUUCUGUUAUACCUUGAAUUUUGUUAGGUUCCUAUAGUGAUAUAGGUAUGUUCGAAUGGAUUGUAUAAAGUAGGCUAAUGUUUACGACAAGAGAUGUCGCCGCUGGCGCGUGUCACAACCAUUCCGACCGGUUCUAGUCAUCGUGCUCUCUGUGUAGUACAUGUAUGUGAUAGAGUAGCUACAUAGCGACACUGUGCUACCCUCCAGACCUGGAACUGUUCUGUCAGUCCUCGGCGCCGUGAUACCCGAACCUUAUGUAAUUCAGAUAACCCUCACGGCGCCGAAAAUUGACUUGAAAGAUUCAAGUAAUAAUAUUUGUCAGUCACAAUGUUAGAUAGUAAGUAAAGUUGUUCUGUUCCGUGAAUGUCGUACACUCAGCGUGAUACAUAUACUAUACUCACGUCACUCGACCGCUCCAUAGUUCACACUAAUAUUUAUACAGGAAACAUAGCGUAGUUACUAGUUAGUAUCGAUGUGACGGUAGUUUUAUAUGGAUGAUAUUUCUUUGAAUAACUUUUUGGAUGUACCUAUCAGUCCGAGCAAUGCUUACUCUCGUUACCGCUUCGAUAAAUGUUGAUAUAUCUAAUAUUGUCACUAUACUAUCGCUUCUAGGUGACCGUUUUAUAUUUCCAUUAACUCCAUCUUGAAAAAGUAAGCUUUUGUGACGUUUAGUCGUUGUAAAUAUUUCCUAGUUGAUUUGACCUGCCUGAGUUGCGUCGAGCCCCGGCGUAGCGGCUCGGCGGCCCUAGAGAAUAUCCCGAUAAUAAUUUAGCAUAGACUAUUAUAGGUUAAGAUCAAAAAAGUAUUAUCCAAGUCUAGACAUGCUGUGUGUUAUAUUUCUUAAAAUUAUUGUCGUCGAGAUUAUCUUUCAUUAAUUUGGGAAUUUUGUUUGAAUGACAUCAGGAUAUCUGUUUUUUAUCUAUAUGACUAUGUGCUUACCACUGAUAAAGAUAUAUAUUAUGGACAGCGAUUGAUUGGUAUAUGUUUAGUAUGUUGUUUAUUAUCUCGACGCCGCAACGAAGGGAGAUCUCGCGUCGCGCGACGCUAUAUUAUCGUUUACAUACCUUUACUUUCUAGUCAUUUUUAUAUAACAUUCCAAAGUUUGUAUCUAUUUACUUUCUCAAACUAGUGUUGUAUUUUGCAUAGCAAAAUGAUGUUAACGUAGAGACAUAGCAGGAGCACGGGUGUGUUUUGUGGGUGCAACUGUUGAAGUAUUUUUUUGGAUAUUUCUUUUGCGGAGCUUACGUUAAGUUAUUUCGUUAUAUUUUUGUAAUUCGAAUAAAGGUCUUUUUAAAUUAGAGAUAACAGCUGACGCUGGAUUAUAUAUAUUUUUAUAGAGUAUACUCUUUAAGCUAUACUGCUAUUUUUAUAGGGUAGAGUUGUUUAGUUGGUUGCGUUCGUUCGGUUGGUCUGUUCGGUUGAGGCGCUGCUGAUCGGGCGCCCAAGUGAUUACGAUAGUGAUUGUUGAUUGUUGGCCGAGAAUGAUAUUAAAAAUUAUAUAUUAUAUAUAAUUUAUAAAUUUCAUUCAAUUUAUGAAAAUAAGAACAAUGUAAUGAUUGGUAAUAUUACUCAUUGCUCUAAAUGUACUAUCAAAAUAUAUUAUACACAGUGUUAAAGGUCAUAAAUAAAAUGCUUUGAAAAUUUCCAAA